GAGGACCUAGAGGGAACAAGAUGUUCUCCUGUUUCCAGGGUUCCAGAGGCUCCGGCCACAAAAAAGCCAAGAGCGGUUUCCUUGUUCGCUUUUGGAGACGUUUGAUUCGCCCUCUGACACACUUCAGGCAUGCUUCCCACAGUGAGCCCAAGGUCUGUUCUCAAAAUGAACAGGAGCCAGACUGUCGGCCCAAGCGCCCCCAGCUCAACUAUGACAGCCAAGAAUACGUUCACCAAAUGAUCCACUACAUUCCAGCUGCUAUUCAGAAGCGUGACCACAUCUGUAUCACCAUUUUUCUCGGCGUCUACCGAAUCUAUGCUAGCCCUUGGGAGGUGCUGGACCUGCUGAUGAGAACAUGAGUGGCUGCACUCAUGGUCACUGGUCAGAUCACCCACAGGAUGCACAGGCUAGGAGGCAGCUAGGAGGCAGGGUCGCUCAGUGUGAGCCCAACCUCCCAUCAAUCAGGACUGCUUAGUUUUGCAUACUUCUUGCUUUAUAUUGCAAAGGAAUCCUCAUUCAAGGACCCUAAGUUGGAGUGGGGUGACUUUGGACCCCAUUAUUUGUUCCUCUGUCCA